AUGGCUAUCUUCCACAUUGUCCUCUUCCAGUUCAAGGCCGACGCCAACGCAGAAGAAGUCAAGGUGGUCUGCGCCCGUUUCCUGGCGCUCAAAGAUAGCUGCAUCCACCCAACAAGCAAAGCUCCGUACAUCAAGUCUCUGAAAGCAGGGAAGGACAACUCGCCGGAGGGUCUGCAGAAUGGCAUGACACAUGGCUUCGUCGUCGAGUUUUUGUCGGCUGAAGACAGGGACUAUUAUGUCAAGGAAGAUCCAGCUCAUCAGGCGUUUGUCAAGAGCACCGGGGAUGUGCUCGAGAAGCCCAUUGUCCUCGACUUUGAGGAUGGCGUGUAUUAG